UCUCAUCACUGUUUUGUCAUCACUUGCAGAAGCCCAGCAGCCCAAACUGCAACAAGCAAUAACGAACAUUUAUUGCAAAAAGCAUCUCCUGUGAUUAUCACUGCAGAGGAAACAGCAUCAAGCGAAAUCACUGAACGGCCAGGUUCAGAACACAGAGGAACAGAUGUCAUCUGGUACCAAACAUCCCGCAGGGACCUACGAACACAGGCCCAGGAGAUGCACACCAUGCCCACCCCCAGCCCCACGACAGGCAGCACUGAGGUCCACCAGCUGCUCCUCACUUCUCUCUACGUACAACCCCACUAAAAAGAAGAUGCCGUCCAACUCUUAAGACUGCAUUUUGUAAAUCCAAUAGAAACUGACGUGUGUAGUUCACUGGAACUCUAACUAGUUACAUUUAGUCUUCUACUACCAUGUAUCACACAAAGUUGAUGCCAAAUUCCUAACUUUAAAACUGGAAGAACUGCUCAGCAAAUUAUAAAAGGUGUAAAUAUUUUUGAAUUAUAACAUAAAAUCACCUUCUCCAAUCACUGCUUCUCUUUACACCAUGAGACCAUUCAGUUUCCAAACAAGGAGGGCUGCACACAAAAGUACUAACAAAUAAGUUCCACACAAAUCACAAGGCACAGAGGUGGGAGCACAACUCCACGCUCAGGAAAGUUGUGCCGGCUUACAGAAUACACGAUACGACCUCCUUUAAAAAUAGCAGCUCUAUCUGUAGGUCAAAAGUAGGAAGUAAGCCUCUAAUUAUAUAGAAAGUUCUAUUUCUCUCUCUGUUCUGGAGGAAACAAAAGCAGAAGCGCUGAUGGCAUCACCCGGGAUCAGCAGCUGUCCUCCCGGCUGAGGAGCCAGACCCUGCCCGCCAGCAGCCCGGCACUGCAGCACCUGAGGCCCCCCAGCUCCACGCGUCUCACAGCGCUGCUGCUGCACCAGGAGCCGCAGCAACCCAGCACGGCAGCGCUGCUCGGCAGCACGCUACGAAGGAGGGUGGAGAAGACGAAAUGCAAACAAAAGCCACAAGCAACUUCAGCUACUCUAUCAAUGGUAGCAACUGCACCAGCGAUAACAGAAUCAGACAGGUCAUCUUCCCCUUGCUUUAUACUCUUCUCUUCCUGGUGGGCCUCACUAUGAAUGGCCUGGCAACGUGGAUCUUCUUCAAAAUAUCAAGUAAAUCCAAUUUCAUCAUCUUCCUCAAGAAUACUGUCAUUUCUGACAUCCUCAUGAUUCUGACUUUUCCAUUUAAAAUCCUCAGCGACGCACAGUUGGUACCGUGGGUGCUGAGAGGAUUCGUGUGCCAGGUCAGCCAGGUCGUGUUUUACUUCACCAUGUACAUCAGCAUCUUGUUCCUCGGGCUGAUAACCAUCGACCGCUAUCAGAAAGCCACCUCGCCAUUCAGAACAUCAACCACAAGGAGCCUUCGAGGCGCCAAGAUCCUCUCCAUGGCUAUUUGGAUAUCGAUGUUUACUCUUUCAUUACCCAACAUGAUUCUAACAAACAAGAAAAAAACACCUAAGAACGUAAAAAAGUGUGCCCUCUUGAAAUCUGAGUUUGGCUUAGUCUGGCAUGAAAUCGUAAACUACAUCUGCCAACUUAUCUUCUGGGUUAAUUUAGCAGUCAUAGUUGUAUGCUACAUACUUAUGAGCAAAGAAUUGUAUAAGUCCUAUCAGAGGACAAGAUCCACGGGAAGACCAUCCAGAAAAUCUGUAAAUCUGAAGGUCUUCAUCAUAAUCGCAGUGUUCUUUAUAUGUUUUGCACCAUUCCACUUUACCAGAAUUCCCUACACUUUGAGCCAAACAAGAAAUGUUUUUGACUGCUCUGCAGUGAACACCCUGUUUUACUUAAAGGAGAGCACGCUGUGGCUGACAUCGCUGAACGCUUGCCUAGAUCCAUUCAUUUACUUCUUCCUUUGCAAGUCGUUUCGAAAGUCCUUGCUAGGCAUGCUGUGCAAGGCCACCGCAUCGCCAGAACUCGGAGCACAGACAGCAGGGCAGAACGGAAGAGACGACACUGAGGAUACCCCACUUUAGCACAAAGGACCUGCCACAGCC